AUGAGACAAAUAUAUUAUAUUGAUGUUUUCCCAAUGGAAAAUAAGGUAGAAAAUUAUGAUAUUUUGAAAGAUUUUGAUGACAACCCUCAAUUAAAGAUUCUACAUUUUGCUUACACUUCAUUUAUAAACGACGGGACCCUCAUAUUGUUUGCUUCUGUUUUCCCUAAUUUGCAGCUUCUCGAUUUAAGUUUUUGCUAUGGUAUAUCUAAAAAAGGUAUUUCUCAAGUUGUAAGUAGAUGUUGUAAGCUUAGAAAUUUGGAUUUGACUUUAUGUAAUAAUUUGAGAGGACUUAAAAUGAACUUUGUAGUUUCAGAGUUAGAGGUGUUGGACUUAUCUCAUAUAAAUGUUGAUGAUAAAACACUUUAUGAGAUCUCAAAGAGUUGUCGUGGGCUUUUACAAUUAGUGUUAAUGGAGUGUGAGUAUGUCACGAAAAAGGGAAUUAAGUUUGUGGUUGAAAAUUGCACACAAUGUCGUGUAAUAAAGUGA